UUCCAGUGUUACACAUAGUCUGUUACUGAGCGGGUGCGUUCGAAAUAGUAAUAAUUGUAAUACACUUGGCGGUAACAUACAACCACUUAUCUACUCGAAUUAAUGUGUAAUAAAAUAUGGCGAACCCACGACAAUAACACGAACAAGGCGCGGGAGUGGGUAAAAUCCACAUCAGCGUCUCACGCUGUGCAGCGUGUUCAUACUGGAUCGGAACGCUCGACAGUAAUGGACUUGCCAAAAGAGUCUCCAAACUGGAUUCUGCAACAUCCGGUGUAUCACUUGAUGAAGAACCUCGAUGUGGAAGACAGUGCACAAGUGCAUGCUGCUUUUCUUGUUUACAUGGAUCUCACUGAGGUGCGUAACUGGAAGGAGGUGUCCUGUGCUAAAAGUGACGAACUUCAGCUUGUUUUGUUAGAGGGAAAAGAGAAGGAAGGAUCGCCCAUGCAGACAGUUCUUCCACUGCCCGUGCAUCAGUCUGUAAGCCACAGAAGCCUCAGACUCCACGCUGGUCUACCAGAGGUUAACGGAUGGCUUGGUGACCCCCGACCCACCCGUAGGUCCCUUCCAGGACGUUGGACGUCGGCAGCACAGGAAGAGACGGCAGCAGCACUGAGCAUUUGGUGGGAAACAAGUGAUCAUACAACUGUUUCCAGUGUACUGCUCGGGUGCAAGCAGCCAUGAUGCCGGUUCCAUUUGAACAAGUGUUCACUCCUGUUGGUGAGAUUUAGUUUACUAAAACGCAAGAAAUCUUCAUCUAGUGCUGCACCUUACAAUUACUUUCAUAAGCAUACUGUUUUCAUUACUUGAGUAAUUGGUUAGGCCAGGGGUGGGAAAACUUCUUUACUCACACAUAGAGUUAACAAAAUUGGCCAGGGGGGCCAGACUAUAUAUUUGAUACAUGCACACUAUUUUACACUUAGAAUUCUAACAGUCCAUCUGGAAUUAUUUGUUGUAUUUUAUCUGUAAAAGUGUCAUACAAUCUGCUAUAUGUGCUUGUGGCCCUUUUUUCAGGAGCACUUUAAAUAUCAGACCACUUCAAAUAACAAAGUUUUUUUUGUUUUUUACUGAAUAAGACGCCCGGCAUGCACAUGAAUAAAGGACGUGUAAUAUACAAUAUGAACUAUGAACGAUAAAACAUUGACUAUUAAAGAGUAUGUGAAAGUCCCUCCUUUUUUUUACUUUCCAGACAGUGCCGUGGGUAGGUUAAGUUGUGCGUCACAUAUUUGUUAACUUGUGUUUGGCACCAUGGGUGAGGUAGUUGUCUGGAUGGCUGCAUGUGAAAAGCUACUUAAACCAUCAAAAGGUUGUCUCAGAUUGACUCCGGCUACUAAUAUACCAAAUUGAGUUUUUGAUUCAUUUAUGGGAGCGCAUUCGCAACCACAAAACGUAACGUCUUAAACAGAGGACCACCUGUAUGCAGUAUAUUAUAUGGUUUGCCGAAAGACAACCCGGGCUCGAUUCACACAUUUGAGUUGCCAGCAGUUGAGAUAAGUUUCCAAAAACACUUUUAUUUUUCUAGAAAAACAAAAGAUCAACAUAAAAAUAACACAGAAACACUGGUGAGUGACAUACAGAUGAAUAUGUGACUUCACCCAAACGGGGUUCAUCUGGACACAAUAUUGAAGCUGGCGAGCGUCAGUAGCAAGCCGAACGUGUGAGUGUGUGUGAGUGUUUUUAUUGUGUUAUGAGAGAAAGGAUGUUUGAGUAUAUGACGGCAACACUUCAACCCUGAGCCUUGUUUAACAACAAUACUGUAUAUUAUAAAGGAAUGUGGACAGACAGACAAGACGUUCACGUUGUUUUGGCCCAGAAAUUGUAGAAACAAGAUUCCAUACUGUUUCCUGGAAUGCAGAUCGACACAGUGGGCCUCAUGCAUGAAACAUUUGGAAGCAGUUUUGCUCCUGAAUUGUACGCACAACUAAUUCAAUUGUUCAUUUUUCUUACCAAUAUAUUCAGAAGUCUCUGUAAGAUGCAUUGAAAUGUUAUUCGUCUUUAUGAAAAACCAAUUAAUUAAAGAUGACUCCAGGCAAAGUAGUAGAAUUAGCCGAGUUUCUUUCUGCUCUUUUUCCUUAGCGGUCACUCUCUAAAUACUGAAAUUUAAAAAUAAGCAAACAUCCAUGCAUGAAGCCCAUUUUUCUUACUGACAAAUGAUUCUUCUUGCUUCUUUGAUUUGGAUGUAAACAGCAAUGUACUGCAACACUGUCUUUCAGGAGUUGUCCAAGCAGGGGAAAGGUUCCUCUUCAUCCCCAAAAUCCCUGACAUCCUAUAAUGGCUUUUCAAGAAAGUAAUCUGAACUCAAGUUUUCUCAUCAACUCAUGAACCAUCUUUUGAAUUUGGUCAUUGGAUUAGACAAGAAGGAGCUUCGUCUUGAGCAGGAGGGCAAGAAGGUUGCUCGAUAAAGUUGUGUCCUUCUGCCCUUUAGGCAGAUUGUAACGUCCCAUUGCAACAUCGGCAUCCUCUCAAGGGGAAGGCUGACGGAUGCUUGACCAUGGCGCUAUGUCAUGUCUUCCUCCUCUGAGCAGUAGUCCCUGCCCUGCAAGAGGUACAAAAUAACAGUCAUAAAAUCACAUUAAGGGGUAGAACACGUCUGAAAACUUUCCAUGGCGAGUUAAGCUUGGACAUUAUGCUUUAAUGAUGAUGAAUAAUUGGCCGCACGGUAGCCUAGUGGUUAGCAUGUUGGCCACGCAGUCAGGAGAUCGGGAAGAUCUGGGUUCAUCUCUGUGGGGGAGUUUUCCAUUCCAAAAACAUGCAUGUUAGGUUAAAUGGCGACUCUAAAUUAUGAAUGUGAGCGUGAAUCAUUGUUUAUCUAUAUGUGACCUGCGAUUGGCUGACGGCUGGUGUAGCCCGAAGUCGGCUGGGAUAGGCUCCAGCAUUAGUGAGGAUAAGCGGCAUAGAAGAUGGAUGAUGAAUAAUUGUAUACUGUACAUGUUCUGCUUUGGUUCACAUGUGGAUAGUCAUUUGAGCUUGAUUAGAUGUAGUCUGUGGGUUCGCAUGCAGCAGCAUGGCCAACUUUAAAAAUGAUGUGAUGUGCUGUGCAAAGGCCUACUGUAUGCAGGGGGCGUGGCCUCCAUAGACCCGUGGCACUGUAAGGGCUAUUGCUUACUCUUCCCUGGUUCUUGGGACUGCAUUGCUAUCGGAGAAGUAGUCAAUGAUCACACAAUUUAAAAAGGUUUUCAGGUUGUAGCGCUGGACUCAACGAUCAACAAUGAGGAAGAUCGAGGAAAGAGCCCAGAAUUCUUGUUAACGCUGAUAAUUUCCAAUUUGAAGGUUACAACUUUGAAAAAUCCUGGUAUUUCACAACCCUAAUUACAAUAUUGUAGCACUAUAACUAGUUGGACUGCAACCAGUUAGUUGUUUUCAGUAUUGGACAAAUGGAAUAACAGCAAAAUUACAUUUAUUCAAAUUUGGUUAGCAUUUCUCGCUCUGGGUACUCCAUUUUACAGUCCAAAAACAUGCAUGUUACAUUAAUUGGAGACUGUAAAUUGUCCAUAUCCUAAAGUCAGCUGGGAUAGGCUCCAGCUUACCUGUGACCUCAAAGAGGGUGGAGUACGAAAUGAAUGAACACGUAUUAAAAGGUCACUCAACUAAAUCAUUGUGUGUGUGUGCGCUUAGCAUGAGCCAUUUAUAUGACUUAAUUGUUAU